CGGAAUUAGCCAGUGUGAGUUUACGGAAUUAGCCUCAGCACCUAUUGUUACGGAUGUUGUCCUUCAUCUUCCUACCUACGGCCAUAGCUCUCCCAAUUUCUUGCAUCUUCAUUCACGGUUCUCCCUCUGACAUUCUCCGCUUCACCUGCAGCCGCCUCCGCCCGCUGUCUUCGUCGCCUGUCGCACCAUUGACUACGUCCCUCGCCGCCAUCCCAAUCGCUUUCUCUUUAUUCUCUUUCUGUCAGAUCCCAUGGAUGGCGACGAUUCCCGCGAUUGAGAGCGAAAUAGUCUAACCCAAGCGCGUUAUUGUACAGGUGUGGACAACUCUGGCAAAGCUACGGUUUCCCUAUGGUGGCUCGGUUGGAGACUGCUAAUUCUAGACUGCUUCGGCGGCUAUGAUUUGUAGGUUAUGGUCGGCCGGCGGCAGGCUAGGGAUAUGUGAAUCGGGGCUGGGAUGGGCUCGUUGGAUUUGGAUCUGGAGAGGGGGGCAGGCCACAGGGGUCAAGGUGUGGGCUGGGGGACAGGGGGUUGGGGCAGGGGAGUUGGAGUUGGGGUAGGGGCGUGGGGCAGGAGACAAUAGGCUGUUUGUGGCGUGGGCGCGGAGCAACGCGGUGCGGCGGCGAUGUUGCAGUGGUCGUGGUGUCUGCGGCACUGUCACUGUAGCUUUUUAUGAGAAAAAUGUCGCCGAGCAAUUUGUAACUGUAACUGUAAUUAUUGGGUUCAGUAAUUGUAAUUAAUCAGAUCAAGUAACUGUAACUGGUUAAAUUGGAAUUAAUUGGGUCGAGUAACUGUAACUGGUUGUUGGGAUAUAUUAUCCCGGCCUAUUACUGUUCAGGAGCCCAAGACAUUAUCCAGUACGGAGCCCGAGCAGCUAGGCCCAUUUCGGCCCAUCCGGCCCACUUUGACCACCAGGCCUGAUAUCGGCCCGUUUGGCCCAUUAGGGUGGAGAGCCCCUUCUCUCCUUCCCCUAUAAAUACGGAGCUUAGCCUCCAUGUAAAGGAUCCCCUUUUUCCUUUCUUCUUCUCCCUCCUUAGCUAGAUUAGAACUCCAUUAAUGGGAGCUUCAAACAAAUUGUACUAUGUAAUGGUGAGGAGAGUCCUAAUGAGAAAGAGAGGGCUUGGACAUUAGCCUAAAAAGUCCCGUGGUUUUCUCCCUUUCGGGUUUCCACGUAAAAACUGAGUUGUUCAUACACAUUUAUACAUAUAUUUACUAUAUCGUGUUGGAUUAAACUCAACACUGGCGCCGUCUGUGGGAAUCUGUUCAAAAAGAUUCAUGUGUUCUAUGAAAAAAUCAUAUGAAAUGGACUGAUUCCAGCAAAAAAAGAAGAAAAAUGGAUUCUGAGAAGUUCUUAGACCUAGUAAGAAUCGGAAGAAAUAACGAUUGCCGACCCAGUCCGGCCGCGACGCUGCACCAAGACGGAGGUGGAGUGCGAGCUCCGCCCUCCAACUUCGUCACCCAGUCGCAGCUCCUCCCUCCAGUCGCGGCACCGGCGGACAUCGUCGCAGGGGCUCAUCAACUUCACCGAGCUCAAGGAGGGGACAUUUUGAAGCUCUGUCGGACUCCCACCGGAGGCCGGCCUCCGUCGCCGUCCUUGCACCUUCGGCGACCUUCACUGACAACUGCCAGCAAGCGGCCAGCAGGUGGACAGCACUUCGGUUUGUUCUUGGUUGGAAGCAAGCCACGUCGUGGAAGGAGGGAUGUGGACCAAGUCCUCAUUUGGGGAUUGACGAGCUUCGCAUUAGUCAUCAUGUGGGAAAGUGAUUGUUGACUCGGUCAACAUAUAUUCCUUGGGGCAUUCCAAGCCGAGACGUACGCUACAAGAGCUAAGUUUCACAAAAAACCUUCACCAUUUGCUAAUUUGAGUAUUAAUUGGAAUAAUGUUCCUUUACUAUUAUUAUUUUAUCACCAUUAUUUAUUAGGGAUUAGAAUCUCCCAAAAUUAAAUAAUGUCGAGCGACGCUCUUGUGAUAAUUAGUUUUCACCAUCAUUUUAAUUAAUGAUUGGUUGUUAUGGGCCCGUCGGCCCGCUCCUGAUCGGCUUUAAUUAGCGAACGGAGUAUACUUGAAUGGCCUUUGAUAGGAAAGUAUCAUUGCUAUUACAUGUUAUAUCACUAUUAUUUAUUGGGGAUAAAUGUCCCGAAUUAAAUAAUGCGGAGCGAGGCUCUAGUGAUAGUUAGUUCGGCCAAUAUUUUAUUGAAUAUUUAAUUUUUCGUGGGGCCUGUUGGCCCACUCUCGAUCAGCUUGAUUAAGUGAUCCGAGCGUCCCCGGAAAGGCGAUGCCCCGACGACGCAUUUUAAUUUGAGGGGUGCGCAUUAGUCCGCACGGCACUACGUGCCCGAUCGACGAUCAUACCCCAAUGUAAUCCGCGCCGCUAGGCGCGAAGUGACUAUUGCCAAACGUGGCCUAUGGGGCCCGAGGGCACCAAAGCACUCAACCUCGUUUUUCCGAGGGCAGUGCGACUAACUUGGGUCUGAGUUUGAAAACUCACAGACCAAUGAGUAUUUCUAUGUGACGUUCGGCGGGCUGCUAAUUGGCCUCGCCGCGAGCUGCUACGUCCCUUAACCCCGCACGAUGAGCCGGGCCGAGGGUCACGAUGACCCAUAGGCCGGUAAUCGUGGAUGUUAAAGAGAAAGCCAUGCAGAUGGUUAUGUGUGUAUACAUAUUGUCGGGCCGUGCGGCCCGUUACCAUGUUUAUUGCGCAGCUGAAGCCACUCGAUGCGCUCGAGCGAAAUGAUUAAAAGAUGCUCGGCCCGAGUCUUAAAGACAUUCAGGGCCAGCUAAAGAGGAGACCAUCACGGCUGAGGACCGUGAGACGAGCAUCUCCACCUAGAGGCUGAGGGCCUAGAGGAGACCACCACGGUUGAGAACCGUGGGACGAGCAUCUCCACCCCAGAGACCGAUGGCCUAGGAAGAACACCUAGAGGCCGAGGGUCUAGAGGGAACUAUCACGGCGAAGAACCGUGAGACGAUCAUCCAUCAUUCAGAGGCCGAAGGCCUAGAGGAGACCGUCACGGCCGGGGGCCAACCGACAUCAUCAUAUCACGACCGGCCUCCCGGCACGGCGUGAUCAUCUUUUGAAGACCGGCCUCGUCCCCGCGCUGCGCGGACGAAGACCGUUGCUGAAUUUCUUCCAGGUCGGCCUCUCAUCGCCGACACCAUUAUACCACGACCGGCCUCUCGGCUCGGCGUGCUUAUCUUUUGAAGACCGGCCUCGUCCCCGCCCUCGCGGACGAGGACCGUUGCUUGAUUUUCUCAGAUCGGCCGCUCAUUGCCGACACCAUUAUACCACGACCGGCCUCUCGGCUCGGCGUGCUUAUCUUUUGAAGACCGGCCUCGUCCCCGCCACCUCGCGGAUGAGGACCGUUGUUUGAUUCUUUCAGGUCGGCCUCUCACUGCCGACACUAUCAUGUUAUGUUCGGCCUCUCGGCACGACAUAUUUAUCUUUUGAAGACCGGUUUCAUCCCCGCGUUGCGUUGGAUGAGAGCCGUUGCUCGGAUAUAUCGGCCUGACCGGACACUAUUGCCAUCUCCAUUAUUAGGACCGACUGCUCAGCGACAUUGUGAUCAUUUGUAUAUCGGCUCCUAAUGCCGACCCUCUUGAGUUAGCGAUCGGGCUCACCCCUCCCUUCAGGAGGGUGACCAUCGCCUUCGCAUGACGACCAGCUAUUCUAUCGCCUCGUCGUUAUAUUUGUUCGCCAUGCCACCACCAUUAUGUGUGACAUCCCGUGAUCCCUGCGAGUUUCUUGGAUACCGAAUUUCUUCUUCGAUGUAGGAAGAUCGGUAGGACCACGGACCAGGGACGGACAAAGAAGAGCUAGGGAAUCUCGAUGUAGAUAAACCUGUUCCUCCUUGCGAGUUUCGCGGAUACCGAACGUCUCUUCGAAGCAAGAGCGCCGGUAGGACCAAGAACCAAGGACGAACGAAGAAUAUAGAUUGCCUCCCUCAAAAAAAAAAAAAAAAAAAAAAAAGAUGGGGAGAAGAGGAGGGUAGCUCCUAUAUGGAAGGGAAUCUUGCCCGGGCGUGCCAGAUCUUCUCCCACCGCCGAAGACGAACGCCCCUCGAUGUAGAGGUUAGUAGAGACGCGGAGGGGGCUAGACGAACCAAGGGAGCCUUGCCAAGAUAAACCUGUUUAUCCCACAAAUGACCAUGGAUCGAUGGACGUGGGAUAACAAAGACGGGAACCCGUGAGGGUAGACCAGUUCGUCCCUGCGAGUCCUUGGGUACCGAACGUCCUCUUCGAAGCAAGAGACGUCGGUAAGGCUAAAAGGACCACGGACGAACGAAAAAAGGGGGGAAUCUCGAUGUAGAUAAACCUGUUCCUCCUUGCGAUGUCGGCGGACACCGAACGUCUCCUCGAAGUAGGGACGCCGGUGGGACCAGGGACCAAGGACGAACGAAGACUAAAAGACUCCAAAAAAAAAAAAGAGAAAAAAAAAAAAAAAAGAAAGAAAGAAAGAUGCCAGAAGAGCACGGAGCAAAGAAUGAUUUUAUCCCUCAGCGCUAUUGGCCGGGAAGUACAAACUGAAAAACAUAUGUAAAAGAAUAAUUACAAAACUUAAGUACGAAGAAUGAGGUGGCCGACGACGAUCGGCUAACAUCAGGUUUUCUUUUGUCUUAAACGACGAAUACCAGCUCCCCAGAUCAGGUAGGAGGGACAUCGCCCGGAUUUAUUUCAGGCUCACCAUUCCUUCCCGGAUGGAGUCCUGGCAGACGAUCGGCUUCUCACAGCCAAUCAGGAGAGAGACUUGACACAUCACCAGCACGGCCGAGGGCCGCGAGAGGCCGAGGGCCAUGAGAUGAUCAUCACUAUUUUUCUAUAUCACGAUCGGCCCCUCAGCGCCAUCGUGUUCAGAUUCACGGUUCGGUUCGCUCAUUCCCUCCAGGAUGGCGGCGACCGUCUUAUGCAGCACGAUCGGCUUCUCAGCGCCAUCGUGUCUGGCUUCACGGUUCGGCUCGCCCAUUCCCUCCAGGAUGGCGACGACCGUCUUAUGCCGUACGAUCGGCCCCUCAGCGCCAUCGUACCCAGCUCACGUUUAGCUCGCCCAUUCCCUCCAGGAUGGCGACGAACGUCCUAUGCAGUGCGAUCGGCCCCUCAGCGCCAUCGUAUCUGGCUUCACAGUUCGGCUCGCCCGUUCCCUCCAGGAUGGCGACGACCGUCUUAUGCAGCACGAUCGGCUUCUCAGCGCCAUCGUGUCUGGCUUCACGGUUCGGCUCGCCCAUUCCCUCCAGGAUGGCGACGACCGUCUUAUGUCGUACGAUCGGCCCCUCAGCGCCAUCGUAUCUGGCUUCACGGUUCGGCUCGCCCAUUCCCUCCAGGAUGGCGACGACCGUCUUAUGCCGUACGAUCGGCCCCUCAGCGCCAUCGUACCCAGCUCACGUUUAGCUCGCCCAUUCCCUCCAGGAUGGCGACGAACGUCCUAUGCAGUGCGAUCGGCCCCUCAGCGCCAUCGUAUCUGGCUUCACAGUUCGGCUCGCCCGUUCCCUCCAGGAUGGCGACGACCGUCUUAUGCAGCACGAUCGGCUUCUCAGCGCCAUCGUGUCUGGCUUCACGGUUCGGCUCGCCCGUUCCCUCCAGGAUGGCGACGACCGUCUUAUGCAGCACGAUCGGCUUCUCAGCGCCAUCGUGUCUGGCUUCACGGUUCGGCUCGCCCAUUCCCUCCAGGAUGGCGACGACCGUCUUAUGUCGUACGAUCGGCCCCUCAGCGCCAUCGUAUCUGGCUUCACGGUUCGGCUCGCCCAUUCCCUCCAGGAUGGCGAUGACCGUCUUAUGCCGUACGAUCGGCCCCUCAGCGCCAUCGUACCCAGCUCACGUUUAGCUCGCCCAUUCCCUCCAGGAUGGCGACGAACGUCCUAUGCAGUGCGAUCGGCCCCUCAGCGCCAUCGUAUCUGGCUUCACAGUUCGGCUCGCCCGUUCCCUCCAGGAUGGCGACGACCGUCUUAUGCAGCAUGAUCGGCUUCUCAGCGCCAUCGUGUCUGGCUUCACGGUUCGGCUCGCCCAUUCCCUCCAGGAUGGCGACGACCGUCUUAUGUCGUACGAUCGGCCCCUCAGCGCCAUCGUAUCUGGCUUCACAGUUCGGCUCGCCCGUUCCCUCCAGGAUGGCGACGACCGUCUUAUGCAGCACGAUCGGCUUCUCAGCGCCAUCGUGUCUGGCUUCACGGUUCGGCUCGCCCAUUCCCUCCAGGAUGGCGACGACCGUCUUAUGUCGUACGAUCGGCCCCUCAGCGCCAUCGUACCUGGCUUCACGGUCCGGCUCGCCCAUUCCCAUCGGAUGGCGACGACCGUCUUAUGCAUCACGAUCGGCUUCUCAGCGCCAUCGUGUCCCUUUCACGUUCAGCUCGCCCAUUCCCUCCAGGAUGGCGACGAACGUCUUAUGCAUCACGAUCGGCCCCUCGGCGCCAUCGUGUCCAGAUUCACGGUUCGGCUCGUCCAUCCCCUCCAGGGUGGCGACGAACGUCUCAUGCAGCACGAUCGGCUUCUCAGCGCCAUCGUGUCUCUUUCACGGUUCGGCUCGCCCAUUCCCUCCAGGAUGGCGACGACCGUCUUAUGCGGUACGAUCGGCCCCUCAGCGCCAUCGUACCCAGCUCACGUUCAGCUCGUUCAUCCCCUCCAGGGUGGCGACGAACGUCUUAUGCAUCACGAUCGGCUUCUCAGCGCCAUCGUGUCUGGCUCACGUUAGGGUCGCCCAUCCCUUUCAGGAUGGCGACGAACGUCUCUUAUGCAGCACGAUCAGCGCCCCAGCGCCAUCGUGUCUGGCUCACGUUAGGGUCGCCCAUCCCUUUCAGGAUGGCGACGAACGUCUCUUAUGCAGCACGAUCAGCGCCCCAACGCCAUCGUGUCUGGCUCAC